AGUGAUGAGGGUGUCAUCUACCACAAAUACUUCAACCCCAUCCCUAUCAAAACUAUUGCACUCAUGCUUAUGGCUAUAGAAUGUUGUGUUGAUGAGUGGUUGCAAGGCAUUAAAGAGGACAUCAAGUUCACAUCUGCUAGUUAUGGGGCUGUCUACAACCAUCAUUUCAGCUCACUGCAAUGCUUUGAUGAGCACACUGUGCCUUACAAACUCCUCUUGAAAAUUUGUACCAAUCUGCAUGGUGCAGUGUGGUAUGUUGGACUCUUAUCUCACUGA